AUGCUUGGUGUUGGCUGUGCAAUUGUUGCUUCUGAAAUGUGCGCUUCGUUUAAUGACAAUGGAUAGAGUGAUGACUGGAUCAAUGUCAUGGAAAUCAUUUUGCUGAAUAUCAUUGGUAGCAAGUUACUAUACAUAAGUUGGAUGAGAUAAAAGUUAGUUUAUUCAGAACUAGAUAAUAUCUUUAAUACUGGCAUAUUCAAAUGGAUGAUUUUCGAAAUUUUAUCUAUGGCUAUUUAACCUUAUCCAUCAUUACACAAUGAAAUUUACUAUGAAGAAGCAAAUGAUUUUAGUAUUGGUAUUGGAUUCUAAUGGAAUGACUUCUUGCUUUGUUUAAUGAUGUUUGUCAGAUUGAUCUACGUAUUCAAAGUUGCCCUAAACAACUCAUUUUACACUGAUCCUCGUGCUUAGAGAGUCUGUAAUAUUUAUGGAACCGAUGCAAACUAUAUAUUUGCUCUUAAAUGCAUCAUGAAAAACAGUUCUUGGAUUAUUCUAACAAGUACAAUGCCUGUUACUUUGAUUACCUUCAGUUACCAACUUAGAAUAUUUGAGAGACAUGUCAACCCAGCUUCAUUUUAACAUAUCACCACUGCUAUGUGGAAUAUGAUGAUUACUAUGCUCACUAUUGGUUAUGGUGAUGUGUAUCCAAAAUCUCAUAUGGGAAGACUUAUUGGUAUCGUUAUUGCCUCUUGGGGUGCUUUUUAUGUAUCACUUUUCGUUGUCGCCUUGAAUAAUAUUCUAGAGUUUGAUUCCCCAGAGAAAAAAGCAUUCAUGCUUUUAGCUAGACUAUUAUACAAGGAAGAUCUUAGAUUAGAAGCUGCAAAGUGUCUUGGAGCAGCCUAUAGAUUGAAAUUAGCAAGACGCAAAGAACCUGAAGAAAGAGAUGAACAAGAAAUUAUUGCAUAGCAAAGAAACUAUAGAACACAUAUGCAAGAGUUCCAAAAAGUGUCAACCUAAAUCAGAAAUAUCAAUGAUAGAGAUGCUGAUUUUGAGACUCUUAAGAACUCUAUAGAUAUGAUAGUAGAUGAUGUAAGUACAAUCAGAAUGGCUAUGCUCUACAUUUACUAUGAUACUAGAAAGAUAAAGAGAAAGAUUGGUAGAAAAAGUACCAUGAAGAGAAAGUCUGAUAAGCCUAAGAAAGAUGUGUGA